GGAUCUGAGAGCUUCACCCUUUCUCUCUCUCUCUCUCUCUUUAAGAAAACAAAAACAAAUAACAGCUACAGCAUACAGAGCGAAAACACAUAUAAACAUAAAUCAAUUAUAUAGCUUUAGUUUCUCUCUUUCUUAUUUUCGAAAAACAUUUUGCUUCUUUCUCGAACCUCCCAACAUCCCUUUCUCUGCUCGAUCUUCUUCUCCUCCUCCUCGUAUCUUUUUACUUCCUUUUAAAGCUUCCAUUUUCAACUCUCUCUCUCUCUCUCUCUAUAGCUAGCUCUCUAGGUUUCUUGAUUGAAGAUCACGAAGAAUUCAGAAGCACUGUGUUUCGCUGUGAAUGGAAAGAGACAACGUGCUUUAAGUUCUUGAAUUUCAGUAGCGGAGCUUGUAUUAUAUUAUUAUUAUUAUUAUUAUUUUUUAUUUAUUUGUUGUUGAGAUGUUGUAUUUGAAGCAGCCUAGCUCUAUUAUAUGUAAAGGCUGUGAUCGUUGGGUGUAAAUUUAUAAAGAAUUCACAUACUGGUGCAUGCUUUUGUGAUAAUUUCCCUGAGCCGGUGGCUCGGGGAAGAUCUGAACUGUAAAUUUUGAGAAAUUUGAGAGAGUGUCCAGUGAUGGCGUCAUCAGAGAAUGGGACCUCCUCUCAGUCGCUUUGUAUGCAAAAAUUCAGGCUCUACGAGACCCGAUCGAUGUUUUACAUGAUAGGAAGAGACAAGGACAGAACAUAUUGGAGAGUGCUAAAGAUUGACCGGUCAGAUCCUUCGGAGCUGAACAUUCGUGAAGAUUCUACCACGUAUACUGAAGGUCAAUGUUCUGAGUUGUUGAGACGGAUACAUGAAGGGAACUUAUCGACUGGUGGACUAAAAUUUGUCACUACCUGUUAUGGAAUUGUUGGGUUUGUUAAGUUUUUGGGGCCUUACUACAUGCUGCUUAUCACAAAAAGAAGGCAGAUUGGUGCAAUUUGUGGUCAUAGUGUGUAUGCUGUUUCCAAGACUGAGAUGAUUCCACUUCCGAAUUCAAGUGUCCAGUGCAGUAUCGCUGAUUCUAGGGAUGAGAACAGAUACAAGAAGCUUCUGUGCACGGUGGAUCUUACAAGGGACUUCUUUUUCAGCUACUCAUAUCAUGUUAUGUGUAGUCUUCAAAAGAACUUAUAUGAUACUCAGACAGGGCUGGUCCUCUAUGAAACCAUGUUUGUUUGGAAUGAAUUUUUGACCCGGGGAAUCCGGAACCACCUCCAGAAUACUAUGUGGACAGUUGCAUUGGUGUAUGGCUUCUUUAAACAGGACACACUUUCUAUAUCUGGACGCGAUUUCAAACUUACUCUCAUUGCUAGACGUUCACGACAUUACGCUGGUACCAGGUAUUUGAAACGAGGCGUGAAUGAGAAAGGUAGAGUAGCUAAUGAUGUUGAGACGGAGCAGAUUGUGUUUGAAGAUGUCCCUGAAGGUUUUCCAGUGCAAAUAAGUUCUGUUGUCCAGAACCGUGGUUCCAUCCCACUUUUUUGGUCACAGGAAACCUCACGUUUGAAUAUUAAACCAGAUAUUAUACUGUCAAAGAAGGACCAGAAUUAUGAAGCCACUAGACUUCAUUUCGAAAAUCUUGUGAAGAGAUAUGGAAACCCUAUUAUUAUUUUGAAUUUGAUUAAGACACAAGAGAAGAAGCCUCGGGAGUCAAUUCUUCGUCAAGAGUUUGCUAAUGCAAUUGAUUUUAUUAACAAAGAUUUAUCAGAGGAAAAUCGCCUGAGGUUUCUUCAUUGGGAUCUACAUAAACAUUCUCGAAGCAAAGCAACAAAUGUUUUGCUACUUUUGGGCAAAGUGGCUGCAUAUGCACUGACGUUAACAGGGUUCUUUUAUUGUCGAGUAACGCCAGCCCUGAGGCCAGAUGAAUGCGUAAACUGGCCUUCUUCGGAGAAUGUGGACAAUGGCAACUUCUCUCCCCAGAAUCAUUGUGAAAAUGAUAAUGAAGAUUCACAUAGCUUAGAGAGGAAUCAUAUUGGUGGUAAUGGUGUUGCUAAUGGAAACCAUUCUAUUAAGCCUUCCAAGUUACAGAGGGGUGUGCUGAGGACCAAUUGCAUAGACUGCCUGGACCGUACAAAUGUUGCUCAGUAUGCGUAUGGGCUGGCUGCUCUUGGACAACAGCUUCAUACUCUAGGGUUUAUAGAUACCCAAAAGAUUGACCUGGAUGCUCCAUUGGCAGACGAUUUGAUGGGGUUUUAUGAGAGGAUGGGUGACACACUUGCACACCAAUAUGGUGGCUCAGCGGCUCACAAUAAGAUAUUCUCUGAGAGACGGGGUCAGUGGAAAGCGGCUACCCAGUCCCAAGAGUUCUUCAGAACUCUUCAACGGUAUUAUAGCAAUGCAUACAUGGAUGCAGAGAAACAAGAUGCGAUUAAUGUAUUUCUGGGCCACUUCCAGCCACGACAGGGUAAACCUGCACUCUGGGAGCUGGAUUCAGACCAACAUUAUAGUAUGGGAAGAAACGGGCAAACAAAUAUUGAUGAUGAUGGAAGGUCAUUUUUCAAGAGAUCGUUUUCAGAUGGAAACAUUCUUCGUGAAACUGGGACACCCAUGUCUGCCACGAAUCUCAAGCAGGAGAAAUUUUGCAAUUCAGGUUUUCCCAAUCAAUUGCAGGGAGGAAGCAAUUGUCUUUCAGAGUCAUCACCUGAGAUAUCGACUUCUGAAAGUGAUAUGGCAUUUUCAAGGUAUACUCCCUCUAUGCCUCACAAGCAGCUGUUUGGAGAUGUGCAAAGAGAUCGAUACCUUGAAAGUGAUCAUAUAUACUUCUCUGAACAUGGAGAUACAUCCAGUUUCUCAAAUUUUGUUGAUCUAGACUGGCUAUCAUCCUCUGGAAAUUCAUGCGAGGAAGAGCCAUAUGAAAGGUCAUCAGUGCUUACGAGCUCACCAAUUGGUGGGCUAUCAUUGGAGAAUGUUGUCAAUGGAGUAAUUGGAGAUGCUACCCCUUCCACCAGUGAAUGUGGAUCCAGCAUGAAGGACAAUGUGACAUGCAUGGAAGCAACCAUCGGACCAUUACAUCAUUUUUUAUUUGGGUUUCUACAUAAGGAAGGGAGCAGACUGGAACAGAAAUAGAGCUAUGCUACAGUGAUGCUCAGGAUUCCAAUGUUCUUGAAGACUAUUCUGAUAGCUUUGUCCAAUGGGUAACCCAUGGAGAGACGCUCUGCCAUUGAAGUCAGACUUACAUUUCCCCGGAUUUAGUUAUGCGUCCUUCAUUGAACUGAAGAGGGAUCUGAAUCAGUCAAUUCAUUGAUACAGAGAAAGCUUAACAGAGAUAGUAGGAUCAAGGAGAAAGAAAAGCAGUGGUACGGUUAUCCAGUCUUCUUUAGGAUGUAAUUGAGGCAAAGCAAUCC